CGCUCUGUUUCUAUGGAAACCCUCUCCCUCGGGUACAUGGUGCAGGGGCUAUCCCGACCCAUUCGCCAGCAGUGCGCACGCGCAGCCCGGCCUAGGCUCUCUCUUCCGCCCCGGGCCUGGCAGCAGCGAGAGAAGCCGGGACCUACCCCGGGCCCAGCAUCGCCAAUCCACACAUCCAGUGCCUGGGCCAGGGCUGGGGAAGAGGCAACCAUGACAAGUUCUCCUGUCUCCAGAGUUGUGUACAAUGGCAAGAGAAACAGUAGCCCUCGCUCCCCAAGCAACAGCAGUGAGAUCUUCACUCCUGCACAUGAGGAGAAUGUCCGCUUCAUCUCUGAAGCAUGGCAGUGCGUGGAGCGGGAUCUCCGCAGUCAAAUGGCAGGCGGUGAACGGGGACUUGUGGAGGAGUAUGUGGAGAAGAUGCCAAACCCCAGUCUGAAGGCAUUCAGACCUGUUGACUUGAGUGACCUAAAGCGGCGGAACACACAGGAUGCUAAGAAAUCCUAAGGUGGCCUGGCCUGGCCCAGCUCCACAUGCUGGCGAGUGGCCACUGGUACAUGAAUUUGAUGACUUUGUGUUGGUUUCCUCCUCUGGUCUGGAUUGUGCCUGGGGCUGGCUCUGAAUUCCCUAAGAAGGAUAGGCUUCUUGCCUUUUCUUUUCAGCUUCUCCUGGCCUGGGCUGCCUGCCUUCAUUCUACAAUUGGGCCCAGAAAUUCUCCUUUUCCUUUAGUUAAUUACAUUUUACUCUGAUGGUGGCCAAGAGGCCAAUGUGUGCCCUGUCUGUUUAGGAGUGUGGAAUAAGGCAGAAGAAUCAGAAACAACCAGACCUAGUCUCUCCCUAUACCCCUCUCAAAGCCCAGCCCUUCUUAGGGGGAGGCUGAGAGAGGAUGAUGGGACAGAAGCAGUGUGGGUUCUGUAGUCCACCCUAACAACACAGUGUGGGCAUUUAGACUGACACAUCAUGCAGUACCUGAGCUUUUGCUCUUGAGGUUGAAAGGGUGUUGUGCUACAAUCUCCAUACAUUAUAUGCUCAACUCUGUGGUGCAGUGAUGGAGAAAAGCUGGGAAUAGAGGCUGAGAGGCCCAGGUACAUAGUCUCCCAAGGGGAAACCCUUUUUGGGAUUCUGUUGUAUAGGAUAAAACUGAGUAGUCUCCCUUAUCCUAAGCUGAGAAGGUGCUCCAGGUUCUGCUGUCUUUAUGCCCUGCUGACUUGCAGCCCUAGCCAGGGGGGCAGGUAGCAUUUCUGAGCUAGCCCCAGAGCCCAGCCCCCGUGCCCCAGCAGGGCUGGGGACAGCCUUGGUGUGUGCUGGGUACUGGCAAGUGGCAUAGUGCCUAUGUUUGUGUCCAACUCAGGCGUUGAUGUUGGGGACCCUACUCCGAGUUGGGUAGGCAAGGGGCAUGGUGGCUGUUCUUUUCCCUUUGUUAUCUCCCCUCUUGGUCUGUGUCUGUCUUUUAAGUGUUGUAAAUAAAAUCUGGUUAGUCAUUUUAA